UCAGUUCAGUCGUGGUUAAAUGUGGGAAGCAUGGAUCCCUCUGCUGCAGUCUCACUUUACCUGUAACACAGCAGACAGUGGACUUUGAUUUGUGAGUGGCACACAGUGUGUCAGUAAGAUGCAGCUACGACUGUGCUGACCGACAGCAGCUCAACAAGUCACAACACUGGACAGCUGACGAGCGUGUGAGUUGGUAACUCAGCCUCAGUGUGCCAUGGGUGGACCUGCCCUGCCCCUGUGUCUGCUGCUCUGGAUAGUAGGAGCGGAUGUUUCCAGGGCGCAAGGUCAGGUCAUAGCUCCAGCCAGUCUCAAUGUAGAGGUGGGUCGUUCCCUGCUGCUCGGCUGCAACGUCACCACGGAAGCAGGCAACACAGUCCGGCAAGUGCGCUGGCUCAACAGGCACAAGAAGGUCGUCCUGGCGUACGAGCAAAGCCAGCCAAUCCGCGUCAGCCAUCAAGGACCCAACGUGGAGCUCACCGCCUCCAACAACGAUGCCAGCUACAUCACCAUCAAGAGGGUGCGGCCUGAUGACGAGGGCUGCUACCUUUGCAUCUUUGAUGUUUACCCCGCGGGUUCGCUGGAAGGCAGGACGUGCAUCAGCGUCACUGGUAAAGUGCGCCUGGAGGGCAACAAGACGGCCGUGAGCGGGAAGCCGGCCACCCUGUCCUGCUGGUACAGCCUCCCUGAGAAGGUCCAGCAGGUGCUGUGGAGGAAGACGGCUGAGCAGGGUGACACCACCAAGGUGGCCGCCUUCGCCAAGCGCGGCCACCAGUUCAUAGAGGAGCAGUACAAAGGUCGGGUGACCUUGAGCCAAACUCUGGGCGACACUCAGCUGACCAUUCAGGCGGUCAGGACGGAAGAUGAGGCCUGCUACACCUGCGAGUUUCACACGUACCCAGAUGGCACCAGAAGUGACAUCGCCUGCCUCUCUGUUUAUGUUUUACCCAAACCAGAGGUGAGCCAUGUGACCUCGUCCUCAGGAGUCACUGAGGCAAACUGCACCGCCCAGUCCCGACCUGCAGCAGAGAUCAUGUGGAACGUUGGCGGGGAGAACCGAACACUCGGACCGCCUAUUUCAACCUCUUACGAGCAGGGUGACGGCACAACCGUAGUGACAAGUACGCUGGUAUUCCAAUCGGGGCUGCUCAGUGACCUGUCUGUCAAGUGCAUUGUGCACCACCCGGGUCUGGAGAAACCUCUGACACUGUCCCUCAACAAAAACGUGGGUCCGGCCAUGGUCAUCCUCCUUUCAGUGUGCGGUGUGGCAGCGGUCCUCCUCCUGUGUCUCUGUGUUUGUCUCUGCAAGUGCUUCAUCUGCACUGACGACUGAUUUGGAGGCCGACGUCACUGCUGCUUUGAUGAAGGUCCAGCGGAGCUCUGAGGCUGACCUAGCUGCUCAGCACCGUGCCCUCCAGCUCAGCGUGCAGAGGAAGGGAACAGAGCUGUCACAGAACGGAGCCAACAUGGCUGGUUCUGCUCCCAUGAGCUGGGAAGAUCACACAUUCCUCUUGUCAUUUAAUACAAAGUAAACAGAACUAAAACCACAUUAUUUAAUGCUAGAUUUCACACUUAACAGUAGAAACAUUGCUUCGAUGAUUGAUGAAAUCCUUUUGAUAUGAGCAGAGGUUGUAGGAUUUGCAUCAGUAUGUUUAAUGGAAUCAUGGAGGUCCAGUUGUGUUGCUGUGUGUGUGUGUGUGUGUGUGUAAGGUCAGAUCUUAGAUGUUGAACAGAGUAAUAAGUUAUAUAUUUUUUAAAGUUUUGGUUAUGUCUAGCUUGAGUACAGUUUGCUCAGUUGAAGUGUUUUUGACUUUGUUGGUUAGCUCAUUACAAAAAUUUUAACAAAAAAUAAUUAUUGUAAUGUUGAAAUAAAUCAAUAAAUAAUUUAUCAGUGGGGGAUUUAUUAGUUCCCAUUUAAACUGACACAAACAUGGCCUUAAAAACUACUUUUCCAUAUUGCUCAGUGAGCUCCUUAAAAGGUAACUUUGGUAUUUUUCAACCUGGCCCCUAUUUUCCCAUGUUUUUGUGUUUAAGUGACUAAUGAGAACAAGUUUUGAAAUUAAAGAAGAAGACAUACUUUAUUGACUGAUAUAUACACACAUGCCCGAAAUACACACACAUGCACAGACAGGACCUAUACAUGCACUAAAUGGAGAGAUGUCACGUGAGGUUCCUUGGAUAGGCCCCCAAGCUGCUGGGGGUUCAGUGCCUUGCUCAAGGGCAUUUCGACAGUGCUCAAGAGGUCAGCUGGCACCUCUCCAGCUACCCGUCCGCACUCCACACACUCGGGACUUGAACUAGCAACCCUAAGAUUCCCAAGCCAAGUCCCUAUUGGCUGAGAUAGUGCUGCUGCAAAACAGGCUGCAUUGUAAUCCCUAAGGGCAAUUGAACACCAUCAAUUUAAGUCCAUUAAAAGUGCUUGUUUUUACCACUGACAGGUUCAGAUUGUUAUUCUAGGUGUCUGACAACGUUAUGGAAAGGAUCCCUACUGAGAUAGACUUUUUUGCUCCAGAGUAAGAUCUAUUUUGUUUAACCAGAAAUAGCCCCAAAAUUGCUAUCGCCAAACUCACCAGACCCCAUUUAAAUAAACAGCAAUUUUAGAGUACAUAGAGCCAGCAUAUUUUUGCAUCUAACUGGCUGAAUUAAGGGUUUAUUCGAACCAAACCAGAGUUGGGUAAUGUUGGAACAGUGGAAAUAUGAACCAAGAUGGCUUUUGUAUGUUUUAUUUUGUUUGUUGACUCUAAAUGAAGUUUGUUUUGCAAUGACAAAAUUACAUUGUGUGUUGGUUUGCUUUGUAAUAAAGAAGGUCUAUCUCUGUAGGGAUCCUUUUAAAAAUGUUGUCAGACACUUAUUUUAACAAUCUGAGCCUGUCAGUGGCAAGAAAAGCACUUUUGGUUGAUGCACAUUGAUGGCGCACAAAUGCCUGCAGGAAUUACAUCGCAACCAAUUUCAAGAAAAUGUUGUCUCCAUCAGUCACUUAGACACAAAUAUAUGGGAAAAUAGGGUCCAGGCUGAAAAAUACCCUUUAAAUCAUGGCUUCAACUCUUCUUUCUUUCUUUCUGUAUGUCAUUAAACUCUAUCCUGGUUAGUGCACGGACGCAUGUAACAACAUAGAAACUCUCUUAGGUUUGGAACUUGGCUCAUGUAGGAUGCCAUCACUCACAGCUGAUUGAGAAAAUAGAUUUUCAGGGCCUUUAAAGUGGCUGAAACUUCAGCUGCUGCCUGAUUACUGUUGACCACCUAAAUGGCCACCACAGGGUGCUACAUCACCUAAAAACCCUCUAUCUAUGAGACAACACUUGGUAAACUAGAAAAAGAGGGAUGAUUAAAGGAUGGCAAUUCUGAGCUAAGCUUACAAGUUACAGGAAAUCAGAAAGAAACGGGGGACUGAGGCUAACAUGUAACUUCUAGUGAACCAGCCAUAGUGUGACUCAGACUGAAGGGAUGGCUGUGAGUGGGAGAUAAUGAAAGGUUUGUUAUUUAUAGCUGCUGUGUUGUGGGGGCAGAGAAGGGUGGUCGAUCUGUAACGUUCAUGCUCUCGGUGGUUAACGCCGCCCAAACGAUUCCUGUGCAGAUGAACCCUGCAGCUGUAAAUCACUGCAUGUGUGAGAAAGUGUGUGUUUGUUUUGGAAGCGAAAGAAAUUUGGAGUGUAUCUGUGUGUGUGUGUGUGUUGCAUUGUUGUACAGUAUUUCAUGACUUACGGAGCCAAACUAUCAGGAGCACCAGUGUCAAAAUUUAACUUAUGUGGAUAAAUAUUAAUAUAGGCUUACAUGGGCUGUGUACAGUUAAUUUUGUAGAACAUCUCUUAUCAGGAAAAAAAUAUUCUAUUAACAAUUAAACACCACUUAUAGGUUAUUUUACAGUAAAGUCAAAUAUCUGUAUAUAAAGAUGAUUAUAAGGAUUAAAUGUCAAUAAAUGCCUUUGAAGUUAAAAAAAAACUA